CCCCAUCCGAUUCACACAAGGUGUCAGAUUGCAUGUAAAAAUUUCGUCCUCGAGGUAUCUCAUCUUGAACCGCAGCAGUGCUGUUCACCUUCCUCUUCUCCUCUUGAGCAAAUGAGAAAAGAAUUGAGGGACCGCAGGUACAGCGGCACAGACAGGCUACAGCCAGCCUGUCGGCAACCUCACACACAUUCCAUCAAUCAUGCUGGGCCCGGGUCAACGGACUGAUUGUGUGACUUCUUCAAAAAUCAUUCGUUUUUAUUUUCACAUCCUUAAGUUCCAUCCAUGAUGCAGUUUGGAGAUCAACUCAACUACUAAUUGCGGUUUCGUCAGCAGAAUGCCUUGAGAUAAAUACGCAGGAGUUUGCUGUGCAUGGACGUUCAACGCAUUAAAUGUUGGGAUUUACGUGGUGAGCAACAUGGGAGACCUGGAGUCUGGUUUUGAAGAGAUGCAGGGUGUAAAGUUGGGCUAUCUGGUGAUUAAAGGCAAGCAAAUGUUUGCCCUCUCGCAAGUCUUCACUGACCUCUUGAAAAAUAUCCCAAGGACUACUGUGCACAAACGAAUGGAUCACCUAAAUGUAAAGAAGCAUCACUGUGAUUUAGAGGAACUGCGAAAGCUCAAAGCAAUAAAUUCAAUAGCUUUCCAUGCGGCUAAAUGUACCCUGAUUUCACGAGAGGAUGUAGAGGCACUGUAUUUUUCUUGCAAAACUGAACGUGUGCUUAAAUCCAACAAAAGGAAGGUAAAAGCCAAGCCAUCGGAGAGUGUACGUACUGGCCAGGUUCACAAUGAUUCGCCGGAUGGAUUUUGGAAAGAAAAACUUUGGUUAAGUUUGCACAGCGUUCCACAGACUUUUUCAUUUAAAAACAAAGCUGGCCGGCAAGAGACUGCCUCCCGACCCGACUCCAAUCUACCUCAAAUUUACAGCAAAUCGCUUCGUCAUGACUUCCAAGCUGUCACAAAGUCUGCGAGUAAAACGUUCAAAAACUAUGAAACAACUCCGAUACCUAGCAACUAUGUAGCCUUUAAUCAGAGACACUCGUUUUUUCGGAAUGCUGUGAGCCGACAGCCAGUUCUUUACCAGUCCGCCAUUGCAGCUCAGUCCAAGCUCGCAGGCACCACCGACCUACUUUACAAGAGGAAAAGGAAGCGCGAGAGCACCGGGAGGCAGUUCUGGAACAGGAGCAGACCCAGUCAACAGCUUUUGUUUGUUCCGAAGUGCUGCAAGACAAAAAUACCCAACGGCUCUUUUCAUCUUGAUCACGACUUAUACCUCGACCACCAGCACACUGGGAAUUUUCAGGAGAGUUGCAGCAGCGACACUGAAUCUAGUUCCUUCUCGGAGCACGUAAACAAUGACUCGGAUUUUGGGUCAAGUUUGUCCACGACUAGCAACUCCGGAACCUCGGAUGAGGAGGAGGACGAAUCCCCCUCGGAGUCAUCGGAAGUCAGUUCCGACGAGGAGAGUUCGUCCCAGUCUGAUUCAAGUUCUGUGUCCAGCCAAGUGUCCAUACAGAGUAUUCGCUUCAGGCGCGCAAGAUUUACGAGUCUUAACACUAAAGCACCUUUGCUUUUGCAGCCGACCUUCCACUACAGUCUCCAGCCAAGACCAGGCGCACAUAGUGGAACAACUGCACCGAAUGAUGACAAAGGCAAAAAACAGCAAAAAUGUGGCUUUACCAAAUGCAGGGAUAACCGCGGAGAUGGCGAUGCCUUAAAUUUGCCUAAAUUCAACACGUCUGUUGCUGCGAGUUACUUCAUUGAUUCUAAAGGAAAAGGAGUUUCCAGCACACAACCACAGUUUGAAUUCCCACAUGAUCCAAAGACGGAGGACCUUACAGCUAAUGGAGCCAUCAAAACAGAGGCGGGGGAGCCCCUCUCGGCUACAAGUUCCAGCAACGAGACCAGACCGGUGAAAACACCUACCACUCUAUUAAAUAAUGUAAAAAUCAAAGUGGAAAGUACAUAUGACGAGUACGAAUAUGAGACUCAGGGUUAUGCGUACUCGACCAAAGGACAAGAGUCAGAAACAAACAACAGUCAAGACCCUAUUAAUGAGUUAAAACCAACUGACCGGUCAAGUAACUUCUCUAAAGCUAACGAAAGCACUGCCACUGUUCACAGGAAGACCCGUAGUAACCAGGAGGCAGAAAGCACUUUCAACACUGCUUGUCCAGUGGAGGGGGAGUACAAAAAUGGUGCACGAGUUCGGAAAAACUACAGGAGUUUGGCACUGGGAAGUCAGGCUGAAGCUCCGCGGAUUCAGGCGAGGGUGACUGCAAGAGUUGACAGGAGUCCUCGCCCAGCCGGUAAAGCGGAUAGUAAUGUAGGAUCAGGCGAGGGUUGCACGGGGGCCAGGGACUAG